AUGCACCAUGCAUUGAUUGAAAAAUUUUAUGUUCGAACAUGGAAUACAGUCGUACCGAAAUUGGUUAUGGAUGAAAUUCUCCGCUCAGUGCGUGUCAUGUUUGACGGGUUCAAUUCCCCUGAUCCAACCGCACGAUUGCAAGAGCUGGCAACGCAGAUAUUUCAGAAUACUGCCCGACCAAUGCGGACACAUAAGUCCAUGACAGCCGGAGAAUAUUGUGCGUCUUUCACUGGGCGUAACCUCCGCUGGGAGGCCCUUGGAUCCAUCUUCACUCUUUGUGGAAUGCAGCUGGUCAUUACGCCAGACAGCGAUCCUGAAGUUACCCAGGGAUCCGAUGAUCCUCGGGCAAAAGACAAAUUACUAGAGCAACUGACCGUGAUAAGUACGAUAUGUCUUGGAUUCUGUGACCAGGCAUCGUCGGUCAACGAACUGCUCGCGAUAUUGCAGUUCAAUGAUACCAUGCUGCGAACACAGCAGUAUGGUGAUUCCAGCUAUCAAGCAUGGCGUCGACUGGGCGAUUUAGUAUCCACAAUCUAUGCGGCUGGACUGCACCUGGAGAACGAUGGCGCAGAUAACUGUCCGUUUUUCCUUCGUCAAUGGCGAAGGCGCUGUUUUACUGCAGCCUUUUACAUGGACAAAAUGGUAGCGACUUUUGUUGGGCGACCACCACUGAUGAACAGUAAAUUCUGUACGCCCACUGCUCCAUUGGAUCUGAGUGAUGAUGAUCUAGUUGCCGGUGGUGAUGUACUGAACAAAGCUAUAUCGGAGCUGGACAGUGCCGGCUGGAACACGAAAGGGAUGCUACACCUGGUAACCCCAACUAUUUUUCGUUAUCAAUUGGCCAUAAUUCGGGAAGAAGCUCUUGAGGUUGUACUGGGUACCCAAAAACAACAUAAUCUGAUCCAAAAAUCCGAGGAAAUCCAAGCAAAGUCUCGUGCCAUAUGGGGAGCGGCUCCAGAUCAUCUUCGAUAUGAUCGCAGAUUGGAUGACCAAUUCCAUGAUGGAUGGCUUACAAUCGUUUAUUUCUAUCUAGAUUACCUCUAUACUUGCUUUUUGCUUUAUAGGGCAGUCGUGAAGCACACCAAUACUGGCCAAGACGAUCUAUGCGAUGUCUCACGUCGAAUUCUAGCAAUUGUCAUCCGUGUGAACUCUUUUCGAACUCCGAUGGUGGAUCUUGACCGCCACUUUUCAUGGAUUGUCCUCACUUAUGGUGUACCCUCUGCGAGCGUUCUUCUUCUCGAACUUUUACGCCAGUCACAUGAGCCCGGCCCUCACACUGUCCCACUCCCACGCGCGGAAUUGAUUCGAAACUUGAGCGUUUUUGUUUCCUUCCUAUCCUGGGUAUCAUGUCCUGGUCACGGUAACUAUACUACCUGCAAAGAAGCCGAGAAAAAGUUAUCUCAGAUUCUUGACCGACUUCUUGAUCCCGAACCGGCGCAGGAGAACGUGGUAGAUGAUGUGACAUCAGGUCUCGACAACUUCUUGAACUGGUCGAAUUACAACACUAUGUGGGACUUCAAUUCCGAGUUCAUGUCUCUUGGUGAGGGAUUUGCGCCUUGA